AUGCCACGUCCAGAAACCGCACGGCAGACUCACUCUGCCGAGCUGUCCCAUAAAGAAAAAGACACGCGAGAUAUCGGGCAGGGAACACGGCAAAAGCCUCGUCGUCAAAGUAAACGGCUGAACGACCCUGCCGAAUUCAACACUUCUCAACAAGAGGCCAACCGCGUGCCUCCUUAUAGUCUAGUCAACGAGCUUGGGAGACAAAAUCUCGAAUGCACUUUGCCUGCCUUUCCUCACCCUAAGCCGCUGAAGCGAAAGCGGGAAACCGAGAAACUUCAACCAAUUCUAUCAUUGCAGAAGCGACAGGAACCUUCUCCCUCCAGGGAAGUGGUUAAGCACCAGAACCCUAUAGCCUAUUGGGCGCGAACAUAUCAUUGGCCUGAUGGGUUUUACGGGGAACCCAGAAUGAGUCAUUUGUUUGCUAGAAAGAAAUCGGAAUGUUCCUUCGGCACCCGAGGAAUCAGCACUUCAAGUGACCAGGGGCCCAGAGAAGAUAAGAAUGCGUCUUACCAAGAUCCAAGCUAUAGUUGGCUACUCGAAGCACAAGGGAGCUAUAUGGUCCGAUCCGAAUUGGGCAUCACGAAAGAGAGCGAGUUGCUUUGCCGCAGCUUGUUUACAGCCAAACAGACCGUACCGAGGGAAACGAUAUUCUCCGAUGGUGUCUUCGAAACAGCAUUGGAGAAGCUCCAAGGCAAGGAUGAAGCACGAGUCAUCCAGGACAUAGCGCGUCUGGUCGUUCCAUCUGCUGAGACGCUUGCCUCAUCCGGCGACAGACAUCUUGACAUAUUGAUCGAGAGCGUGAACGAGUGCUGGAGCGAUUCUAUUCCUCUCACCAAGCCCCGACCUCAACCAGAUUAUUCUGUGGGAUUCAGAUAUUCCGCAUUUCGGGAUGAUCAACUGAAGAAGCUCCAACCGUUUGUGGGGGAGCUAAGCGACCACUACGAGUCCUUCUUCAUGGGUACCUGGUAUAUGUACUUCCCUUUCUUCUGCGCCGAGGUAACGUGCGGGGCCGUCUCACUGGAUACAGCGGACAACCAAAACGCGCACAGUAUGACCCUUGCCGUUCGCGGGAUUGUAGAACUGUUUCGCUUGGUGAAAAGGGAGAAAGAGCUUCACCGCGAGAUCCUCGCCUUUUCUAUCUCGCAUGAUCACGAUUCAGUGAGGAUCUAUGGACAUUAUCCCGUUAUUGAUGGCGAAAAAACUAGGUUCUAUCGUCAUCCCAUUCACAAGUUCUGCUUGACUGCCCUGGGCGGUAGGGACAAGUGGACGGCUUACAAGUUCACUAAAAGUUUGUACGGUUCCUGGAUGCCCAUUCACUUCAAAAGACUAUGCUCCGCGAUCGAUGACUUGCCCACCGACAUCCAUUUCGAGCUCUCGGGGGAGUCGAAUUCGCACCCGGUUCCAUCAGGGCUCUCGCAAACCAUGGAGAGCCAUGAGCCGCCGGCCUAG